CAUGUAUAUGAGCGCGGGCGGCGGGAUCUCUCUCCCUUUUACCGCCAUCGGAGCGGAGUCCCUUUCUUCCCCGGAGCCGCUUCUCUCUGUGCGCAGCGCCGCUUCCCAGCCCCCUGUCUCCGGCCGUAGCGCGAAGCAUCACUUGACUCAGCUGAGAUGGCAGACAUUGACAACAAAGACCAGACCGAGAUGGACCCGGCAGACAUGGAGGACGUGGAGGAAGUAGAGGAGGAGGAAACUGGAGAGGAUGAGAACAGCAAAGCUCGUCAGCUCACUGUGCAGAUGAUGCAGAACCCACAGAUUCUGGCUGCCCUGCAGGAGAGGCUGGACGGUCUGAAUGGCUCGCCAUCGGGGUACAUGGAGAGCUUACCAAAGGUGGUGAAGAGACGUGUGAAUGCCCUAAAGAACCUCCAGGUCAAAUGUGCCCACAUCGAGGCCAAGUUCUACGAAGAAGUGCAUGAACUGGAGAGGAAAUACGCUGCCCUCUACCAGCCCCUAUUUGACAAAAGAAGUGACAUAGUAAAAGCAGCUUACGAGCCCACGGAUGAGGAAUGUGAAUGGAAGGCAGAUGAGGAGGAAGAGUUGACAGUAAGUAAGCAGGAUGAGAUGAAGGAGAAGGCCAAGUUGGAGGAAGAGAAGAAAGACGAGGAGAAGGAAGACCCCAAAGGCAUCCCAGAGUUCUGGCUAACAGUGUUCAAGAACGUGGACUUGCUUAGCGACAUGCUGCAGGAACACGAUGAACCCAUACUAAAACAUUUACAAGAUAUUAAAGUAAAGUUCUCUGAUCCGGGACAGCCGAUGAGCUUCACAUUAGAAUUCCAAUUUGAGGCGAAUGACUUCUUCACAAAUACAGUGUUGACAAAAACCUACAAGAUGCGGUCAGAACCUGACGAGAGAGACCCCUUCUCCUUCGACGGCCCAGAGAUCAUGUCCUGCACAGGCUGCACAAUUGACUGGACGAAGGGCAAGAACGUCACGCUGAAGACGAUCAAGAAAAAACAGAAGCACAAGGGACGCGGCACAGUGAGGACUGUCACUAAAACCGUCCCCAACGACUCGUUCUUCAACUUCUUCACACCACCAGAGGUUCCAGAAAAUGGAGAGUUGGAUGAGGACUCGGAGGCCGUUCUGGCUGCAGACUUUGAAAUCGGCCACUUCAUCCGCGAGCGCAUCGUACCUCGGGCUGUACUCUACUUCACAGGGGAGGCCAUAGAAGAUGACGACGACGAUUAUGAUGAGGAGGGAGAAGAGGCAGAUGAGGAGGGUGAAGAGGAGGCUGACGAGGAGAACGACCCUGACUAUGAUCCCAAGGUUUAAGUGGUGACUGUAGAAAAUAACCCUAUCCUGAAGGAUGCAAACCCCCCAGCUGAGUGCAAGCAACAGUGAGGCCUCGCCUGGCUGCCUUGAAGAUCCAACUGCACUGUAACAGCUUAUCCAAUUAAAAUGACAGGAAAAAAAAUAAUAAAACACACAAAAAAAUAUAUAAAUUGAGGAAAAAAAAAAACGUAUAGUUAUCGCCUUAUAAUGUUUUGUAUUUUUCUUGGUAGGGAAUUUGAAGAAAAGGUUACAAGAUUUUUGUUACAAAAACUUAUGGUAAUAUACUGGGAGCUGUUUGGCUCGAUUAUACAUAGUAUUUUACUAGAUCUGUUUUCUUCUUCUUUUUUCCUCUGUACAAUAGACUACAGGACAAUAACUCCCUCAAAAAAGCAUGAACAUGUUUCUUCAUUGCUAAACUAGUUUGGGUUCUCGUGAAGUUUUUUGUUGUAUUUGCUCUUAGACAACAGCUGUGGUUAAGACUGCAACACAGUGGUGUCAGUUUAUCCGCCUCCCUUUUUUCUUUUACUCCAACCAAAGUUCCAGCGUUCAUCCGUUCUCAUUUAGUCCUUUUUUUUCCCCCUCUUCCUCCUUCCUCUCCUCUUUGUGGGGCCUCCAGCACUACAAGGCAUCGUAGCAUUCCCAAACUAGAG